AUGAUCUUGUAUUAUCUGUCAGGAAUAUCGAUGUGUGAUGUGGAAAUGAAUUUGACGCGAGUUUUGUUGAAUCCUAUUGUUUAUGAUAAAUCGGUACGGCCUGCACGUAUUCAUACAGAUGUGACAAAUAUUUCGUUUGACUUAUCGCUUGCUCAAUUGAUUGAUGUGGAUGAAAAAAAUCAGAUUAUCACGACGAACCAAUGGCUAACUAUGAGUUGGUUUGAUCCAAAAUUAACUUGGAAUCCAUCCGAAUGGGACAAUGUUAGUCUACUUCAUAUCAAAUAUGACAAAGUUUGGCUUCCUGAUAUUGUUCUCUACAAUAAUGCUGAUAAUCUCGCAUCAUUGAGUCAAAUAUCAACGAAUGUUAUGGUAUCUGCCAAUGGUACUGUAACCUGGCUAUCAACGGGUAUUUUCCGAAGUUCGUGUGCUGUUGAUGUUCGUUAUUUUCCGUUCGAUGAACAAAAUUGUUCGCUAAAAUUUGCAUCGUGGACGUACGAUAGUGCUCGUAUUGAUUUGUCACAGAAAACUAAUAUUGGAGAUUUGAGCAAUUUCAUGGCCAAUUCUGAAUGGGAAAUUGUUAAAUUGCACGUGAAGAAAAAUGUUGUCACAUAUUCUUGUUGUCCCGAGAGUUUUCCUGACUUAACUUAUAUUGUACAAAUGCGCCGUCGACCGUUGUUUUACGUGUUCAACAUGAUUCUUCCGUGUUUUCUCAUAACAACUGUUGCCUUUCUCGGAUUUUGUGUACCAUCCGACAGUGGUGAAAAAGUGUCAAUUGGUGUGACUACUCUUCUUUCCAUGACUGUAUUCCUCAUGCUUGUUACCGAUAGCAUGCCACCGAAUUCUGAAUCUUUACCUUUGAUCGGUAUUUAUUAUUUUUCUGCGAUUAUUAUUGUUAGUAUAGCAACGGCCAUGUCAGUUGCAUCUCUAAAUCUUUACCAUCAUGGUAAAACUCAUCUGAGAUCAGUUCCCAAAUGGAUUGCUCUUCUAUUUUUUAUCAUCGUCCCUAAAUUGCUCUUUAUGAAUAUUGAACUACCAAGAAAUUGGCAAGAUCGCCGUGAUAGUAUUGUCAAAUUCAUGUCAUCGUCACCAUAUCCCUUAAGAUCAAAGACACGGAAGAAACAUAUCAAAACAUUUAACAAAGCAGCAAUGAACAAAUAUGAGUAUACAAAUUCAACAACAAGCGUACCAAAUGGUAAAAUGACGUUAUAUGAAGAUCGAAUCGAACACGAGCCAACAACCGCAACAACAUCGUUAACAUAUUCCGAGAAUCUCCAUUCCUGCGAAUUUUUUGCACCUCCACCUUUGAUACUUCGUUCCUAUACAUCGUAUCAAUCACCCACAAACGCUUCAACGAAACAAAAACAGAAACAGUCGGAAAAAGAAAAUCCCAAUCACGUAUCGGAAUCCAGCAGUAAAUCGACAAGUAGUUUCAAUUCAUCUGCUGAUUAUGUUCAUCGGCUGGUCGAACAAAAUGAACGUCGAUAUGAAAAACAAGAACAUCAUGCAUCUAUUGCAUACGAGUGGCAGAUUCUCAGUCGCGUUGUUGAUCGUUUGCUUGUUUUUGUAUUUUUUAUUAGUAACAUUCUUGUUUUUUAUAUUAUUUUUCGUCAGGCGCCACUUUUAAGAUUAAAAUGA